AGCCCAGAGCGCUCAGAUGGGAACUAAGAGUUGCGCCCGGCGUUGUUACAUCUAAAGAUGCCCCCCGAUGAGGCGGCGGUGUUUUUGGCAGCCCACCGAUGGAGCACUGACACCAUUGAAUGAUUUCGGGUUUGCGUAAAUUGUGGAGAGCUGGACCGCCGGCAGCGCAUUUGCGUGUUGUCAUACUAACCACUGAAUUAAACAGCAAAGGCGGAUUAGCCAGCCACUUGCAGCGGCGUCGAGGGCUCCGACCGUCAACAAGAAGUUGCAUUAGCCGAGGCGUUUAGCUGCCAUACGCUAGCAGACUGUCAAGCUAGGUAGCCCGGUAGCUAAUGUGGACUGACGACUUGCUAGUUGCUAUUUUUAACUCGGUGUCAUCAUUAGGAAACUCGUUAGGCGAUUAGUAUUGGCGACUGAAACAGAAAAGGUGUUUGUGUCUCCUAUGGUCUCGCCACGCUAGGGGUCUACAUCAAAAUGUCCACUACUUCGUUGGAUAAGGAAUUGCAGGAGCGACUGAGAGAGGCGUCUGCUAUCGGGGAUAUUGACGAAGUGCGGAGAUUGGUGGAGAGUGGAGUAAAUAUCAAUUCACAGAACGAAAUCAAUGGAUGGACAUGCCUGCACUGGGCAUGCAAGAGGAAUCAUAAGCACAUAGUGUCCUACUUACUCAACUCUGGAGCAGACAAAGAGAUCCUCACGGCUAAGGACGAGUUGGCCUCCCAGCUCACAUCCAAGGCAGAGAUCAAACGGCUGUUAGGAGUCGACGUGGAGGAAGUGCCUGAGGUCAAGGAGCCUGAGUUGCCAAUCAUUCCCAACUACCUGUCUAACCCGCCCUUCAUGUACAGCAAGAUGGAUAGCAAGGCAGAAGCCAUGCUGACACAGCACCUUACACAGAAUGGCUCCGGGGAUCAUGCUGAGGACACACAAAGUGAUUCAGCCUCCCUUUCCCCUACCCAUGAGCCUCAGCAGCCGCAGAGCCUGGCCCCUGACACCCCCACCACAAACCCCAGCACCCUCAGCCAAGGUCAGGUGGGGGCUUUCAUCCCUGUGGCUGAGCAGAAUGGUGUGGCACCUGGCCCGGCCUCCUCUCACCACCACCCUGCUGUUAACUGCGCGUUGCCCAUGGACCUGUCAGUCGAGCCUCACCUAGUCAACCAUGCCGACUACCCUCAUGCAGUGGCCCACAAUGGGACGGUGUGCUCGCCUCCGUUGGCCUCGCCCAGCCCCAGCUGUGCCAGCAGCGGCGGGAGCCAGGUCCAGGCCCCGGUGGCCAGCGCUAACCCUAGUGUGAGCCGGCAGCAGUCCAUCCCACAGCAGCUGAGCUAUGGCCAGGCUGGUGGGCCUUUGCCAGCCUUCCAGCCUUUCUUCUUCACUAGCACCUUUCCUGUCAACGUGCAAGAGUUGGUACUGAAGGUGCGCAUCCAGAACCCCAACGCACGGGAGAACGACUUCAUUGAGGUAGAGCUCGACCGCCAGGAGCUCACCUACCGCUCCCUACUGAGGGUCUGUUGCCGCGAGUUGGACAUCAGCGCCGAGCAUGUGGAGAAGAUCCGCAAGUUGCCCAACACCAUGCUAAGAAAGGACAAGGAUGUGGCGCGACUGCAGGACUUCCAGGAGCUGGAGGUCGUGUUGGAGAAGGCUGAGGGCCUGUCUCUUUUCUCUGGGGCCGGGGGCCUCACUGACAGACCCUGCUACAACAUGAAGGCCUCACGCCUCACGUACUAGAGCCACCACAGAGCCUGUAGUCGCCCUUGUCAUAACAGGUUUCUCUAGCUACCGCCAAGAAAUCAUCAAGGGUUGCCCUUCCAGGCCCCUCAUAGAAGUUCUGUUUGGCUUUGGUGUUUUGCCAGUUUCUUAAUCGGGGUUCGUUUUCCAAGUUCUGUAGCUAUUGUCCUCCUCCUCCUGUCCUACUUUGACCCUCUUGCCGCUCUAGUGUACCCAACCAGCGCUAAGCGAUUACUCAUGCAUGGUGUCCUCAGUUAUGUGCAAAAGUAUUUGGGCCUCUAUUUCCCUUCCUCCCCCCUCUCUCUUUUUCUCUUUCUCCCCUCCCACUGCACUUUGUGCCAAGGCUCCAGUGGGAAGUUAGAGGGGGGCAGUGGCUGGUCUUCCUUGUUUGACUGGACUUGAAUGGGACUCUGCAAUAGCCUUACAUGGACACAUCCCUGUACUAGCCAUGGACUGUGGUCAAGGACAAGACUGGUCUGAUAAGACCAAGAGGAGAGGAUGACAGGAAGGAUUUGCAUAACACGUACUGUUAAGUUCAUCAUGGGUCCGCAGCAUAGGACUAAGCUGGACAGUGGACUUGCACACAGUAACUUGUAUUACUAGAAAACUGAACUAUAGAACGUUAUCAGAUAUUCCAGCUGACGUCCGCAUUCAUUCAUACAUGCUGUAGGCAGAAACCUUGGUGUCUUUUCCUGCAGAGGUUAUACAUUAUUGGCCUAGUUGUAGGGGAAGGGGUGGAGGUACCCCCUACUAAAUGAAGUUUAAGUGUCUUUGGACCUAUGUUACUACUUUCUGCUGACCGUACAUAUACUUUAAUUUGUAUCUACGUAAAGAUGGACAAAUUUAAGUAGAUAUUUUGGUUGAUCCACAGAUUCAAAUCAGUCCUACACUGUGGAAAAGAAAUAAUUGGUACUAUUUUUUUUGGGGUUUUUUUGUCUUUUCAUGUAAAAUUACUUCAUAAUUAAGAUUAAAAGAUCCAAGACUACUAACUUUUAUCCUAGAGGUAAAAAUACAGCGACUUGGAGCAGGAUCAAUCCUAUCAUUUUCUACAGUGCAUCAUCACUUACGCUUUGCAGGAUGUGCUGUUCUGGUCAGUCAGCAAAACACUUACUGAAACAUCUGUCAACUGUGAAUUAAAUUUUAGUUGUAUUGAUACUUAUUUAUAUACAGUGAGACCCUUCAAUGCACUUUAGGGUGACUAGGCUUGAGUCGCAGAAAAGUGGUGGAGUAGUUUCCCUUUUAAUUCAUCAUUAAAAAAAAAUUAGCCUUCCCCCCUAACAUUCUCAGUUGCUAUACUUCUGUAUGACUGUGAUUAGAAUCCAAACCAAAUAUUAAUCUAGCCAGCAAAGAUAGGUUGUGCAGAAUAAGCUAUCAGUGGUUUAGAAAAACACAACUUUGUUUUCAUGUAAAAGGAAAAGAAGGAAGCUACCGCAAAGAAAAUCAUGGUUGAUGUUUAAUUAGUUUGUGACACUUGGUUUGAUGAUUGAGUGCUUCCUUGAACUUCCUGUAACAAUGAUCUCUGUUGCACUGUGUGUCCACUCUUCUUAAAUCUAGGCCAUCUGUAUUGUGAUGAGAAUGCUUGAAUGGCAAAAGCAGCACAAAUUCUUAAUAUGUACUCCCAUCAGUUUGGUUUAUUGGUCCAAUCAAGUACUUACUCUAAUACUUACUUUUGUGAGCAAAAUUUCACAAAAUCACUGUUUGCUUUGCCACAAAGUUUUCUGUUAUGUAGCUUAAUUGAUAUUGCCACUGUCUAUUGUAGAAUGGAGAAGGGAUACACAAAACAGCCAUUGACACUGACAUCAAAGGAUUCAUUGACAUUCUUGUAUACUGAGACUGUAACUGGUGCAUGACAGAUUGAGGCACAGCCAUUCUGUGUCGGCUGGAAAUGCUUUUUACGCUGCUUUUUAUGUCAACACAGUUGACCCCUAAGGAAGCCUAAGACCUUAAUAUGUUCCUUUAAUUCUCAAUGCUGGCUCUUUUAAUUUAAGCAGUGCAGUAGGCGACCACUACACACAUUCUACAAUCAACAGUUUCUAACCCAGUGGUAAUUGUUUACUGUUGAAACGUAUACCUUAAGCUUUUACUGUAUUCAUAUGUUUUAUGAUAUAUUUUUUAUUAAUUUGUAUAUUUUUUAACAAGCUAGGUCUGUUGUGUAUGUGUCAAAAGUCAGCUAUCAUGUGUGCGAGAGUUCAGAGAUGGGAAAGAAAAGUAACGAUACACUGCAGCUGAAGCCACGUGCACGGCGGGGGAUAAAAAAAGAAAGUGAUUCCAGAGAGUUUGCUGUGAGAACAGUGUCAAAACGGACUAUCAGGAGUGCUUAUUUCAUGUUGUCAACCAUGUUAAAUGCUUUAUCAAGUGAAGUCGUGCCACAUUUGAAAGGAAGGAGCUUGUUUGAGAAUGUGGAACAAUGUGGUAGAAAACACCUCUGGCCAUUUUUUUGCCCUGAAUGACUGAGAGCAGCAUGUGUGGUAUUGGGUUUUCUAUGGGAUCCUCUUUGAUUCUGUGGAAAGGAGAUGACUUAUGUUGUAUUUGUUGGGUUGCAUACUGUUCUAGAAGAAGCAGAAUACAGUUUGACUUAACCUAUGCAUUCAGAGUCUGAUAUUUUUAUAUAUACGUCUUGUGUAGAGAUAACCUUAGGCAUUGUUAAACCUGUGUUUUUGGUUCUGGAGACCUGUAUCUGUACUUUGAUAAAGCAUGGUGAAUUACUUGA